ACCCAGGAAAGCUGAUUGUAACAUGUUGCGAUGCAGUACCAGUUGGUGGCGGUAAUGCACUGGAGAAGAGACGGGAGAAAAAGAAGUAGCUUUAUUUGAGAACAACAAAACUUAACUAGCUAGUUUUAACAGGUGUGACUAUGGGAAAGUCCUUCUCUCACUUCAUAAAGGCUGGUCAUGAAAAUGGCGACGACAAAGUAAACUUUCCAGACGAUGCUGAAGACAGCAAGGACGGAGACGUCUCUGAGUUCCCAUAUGUUGAGUUCACGGGACGGGACAGUGUGACAUGUCCCUCGUGUCAGGGCACUGGGAGGAUUCCGAGAGGACAGGAAAAUCAGCUUGUGGCAUUGAUCCCAUACAGUGACCAAAGGCUUCGGCCCAGGAGGACGAAGUUAUAUGUAACUGUGUCAGUCCUGGUCUGCCUGUUGCUGUCCACCCUGGCUGUUUUCUUCCUCUUCCCUCGCUCCAUAGACAUCUCUAAUGUUGGUGCAAAAUUUGUCUUAGUCACCUACGACCAAGAGAGACGCACUGUGUAUCUCAACAUCACAGACACUCUCAAUAUAACCAACAACAACUACUACUCGGUAGAGGUGGCUAACGUCACAGCGCAGGUGCAGUUUGCCAAGACAGUGAUUGGUAAAUCUUGCCUCAGUAACAUCACUGCCAUAAGUCCUCUGGACAUGAAACAGGUCGAUUAUAUGGUUCCCACUGUCAUCGCUGAUGAGAUGAGCUACAUGUACGACUACUGCACCCUACAAACCAUUAAGGUUCACAACAUUGUAAUUAUGAUGCAAGUUACUGUGACUGCAACCUACUUUGGCCACGUGGAGCAGGUGUCCCAGGAGAUGUACCAGUAUGUAGACUGUGGAGGAAACACCACGGCCUAUAAAGAGUUGACCAAGCCAUUCGACCUCACACAUUUUGCUCAGGAGUGACGCCACUCCUCUGCUCGUCUCCCGCCCUCGCUUUACACUGGAUUCAAUUUGUGGGUUUUUUUUUUUUUUUUCUAUAUUGUUGUGCUGCGGUAUCAAGUUCUCCGUACGAAGAGUCAAUCUCCACCGGAAAUAGGUGCGUCAUGCUUCUUGCAUCUUGUAAUGUGUUGCAUUAUGUGGAAAGAGAGAGUUCCCUGACAUUUAUCUCAGAAUAUCACAACACACAGCUCCCAUUACAGUAUGUGUUAAGGAUAUACUCUGGUAAAUUUGAAGGCAGCUUACUUUUGUCAGUGCCAAUUCUGUCAAGAAAUUGUGACAUCCUUAACUAUCGAGGCUAAGGCAGACUUGAUUAGCAUGGGGGCUAAAAUCAGAA